AUGGGAUCGCAAUUUGAAUGGCGUGUAGAACGCUCGAACUCGGAUGAGUUGACUCCCUCCAGACUUGACAUUUCUGAAAGACUGGAUUUCACCGAAUUUUCCUCCGCCGUCACGGUGCGCGCUGGCAGCGACGAGUACACACUGACCACGGCGCGGCCAACAUUAUCCGAAAGCUUCUCGUCGUUACCUCCCGAAGAAUCUGCACCGGAGAUGGAUUCCGCGUCGAUCAGUUCUCGCCGGUACGCCAAGAGCGACAAAUCAGACAGCUCCGUGGUGGAUCAUGACAUCGAAAUGCCCGGGCAGCCACCCUCCUUCGACAACCGCGGACGGAGGCAGCCUCCCCGUAAGAUAAUAAUCACCCUCGGCGCCCCUGAAGUGCUGGCAUACCCGUUCAUGCGCCUGUCGCAGUGCGUAUGUGUGAUUCGGUUCCAGAAGUCGGCCGACCGCCGCGCUUCACCCGACGGCAUUUACGGGAGUCUAUUCUCCUUCAGCAACGUGUUCGCGCUCGUUUCGCCAUCGGCCUUUUCUGCCUCACUUGAUUUGGCGCAGUCGUGGUGGCGCCGCCAUGGUAUUUGGGGUCUCUACCGCGGUUUCCCGGAGUACGCGGGUCACAAGCUGCUGUGCGAUGUGAUGCAGUUCGUUGUUCCACGUUACAUCGCUCCGCACUUGGAAAUUGCAGUGCUAGGAGCUUGCAAAAGCGUGUUCAACUUCGGCCAGGGCCAUCUGUCGCAUCUGCGUGAUCGGUAUGCUGGAGUUUGGGGAAGUUCGUCCGUGGAAGGCAGUUACGAGUCUGAUAGCUCGCCGCCGUCCGCGUGGACAAAGAAUACUUUCUCCAGUUAUCUGCGUCGCAACUUCGAGAUCGAUGCAUAUGACUUUGCGGUGCAGGCUCUUGUAGAGUUGUUCACCUACCCCGUGAUGACCAUUUCUUCGCGUGCGAUGACAUACGACGGAAUCACCCCGAUGGAUACAAUGUCGCUUGUCAAGGGUGCAAUAGCACAUGAUGGCGCGUUAUCCCUGUACAGAGGCUUCUUUUGGAGGCUGCUUGCACUUUUGUUCCAGGACAUGCAGAAGCAUCGUAAUCGGCGAGUGCACCAGUUAGCCUUCAAUGGGAACUACAGUCCUUGUAUCCUGGAUGAUGCAGUGCCCGUUUUCCUGGAUGCAGGCUCGUUUAUAUGCCAGCACAUAUCUUUGGUGGAGCGGUGUAUGUCUUCAAUGGACGGUUUUUGCGUUGAGACCUCAACUGCGAGCUUGUUAUCAGAGUUCCCGUGGUUCAAAAUAACUACUAACAUGGCAAUCACGGCCUGCAUGACACAUAUCAGGGACCGAUUCUAG